UGCAGACGUCAUUCUUUAAACCGGAGUGACUUCGCCUCCCGUUGGACUGGUCAGGUUAGCGAUAGUUGUUCAACCGGCUCACAGUUGGUUGUGUGUGCGCCAGCACCUACAGCUAGCCGGACAAUUUGACUAACUAGCUCUAGCUCGCCAGCUUCUGCGUUGUUAAUCCACAGUCGUUUGGUUUAGUUUAGCCGAAAGUCACUCUCCAGCCUCCACCUGUGUUGUUGGCCACAUCGAGGGGCUGAGUUAGCCAACGUUACAGCCGACUGCUAGCUCACGUUAGCAGCUUGUUUUAGUUUGUGCCCUGCUGUUGCAAGGUUGUCAACAUGCUGCAGUGAGUGAUGCACCGAGCCUUGAUAUUUACGAUGGCCAUCUUGGGGGUGCAGGGGUGCCCCGACUCGGAGAGCUGCACGACGCCUUCGCCCAACGUGAGCUCCAAGGAGUACUGUUACACUGCUCGAAUUCGCAGUACCGUACUCCAGGGUUUGCCUUUCGGAGGGGUGCCCACUGUCCUCGCCCUCGACUUUAUGUGCUUCUUGGCGCUGCUGUUUGUGUUCUCCAUCUUAAGGAAAGUAGCAUGGGACUACGGACGUCUUGCUUUGGUGACUGACGCUGAAAGAAGAAUGGAUCAGCGGUACAGUCGCCUGGAUGAACGGGAAUUCGUGGGAUCCAAUAUGACGUCCAACGAGACGCACGAACGCUAUGAGCGCCUCACCUCAGUGUCCAGCUCUGUCGACUUUGAGCAAAGAGACAAUGGUUUCUGCUCCUGGCUAACUGCUAUCUUCCGCAUCAAGGAUGAAGAGAUAAGGGAGAAGUGUGGCGAGGACGCGGUGCAUUACUUGUCCUUCCAGCGCCACAUCAUUGGGCUGCUGGUGGUGGUGGGGGUGCUCUCCGUGGGCAUCAUCCUGCCCGUUAACUUCUCUGGAAACCUUCUAGUUUCUUUUACAGAAAACAAUGCCUAUAGUUUUGGCCGCACCACUAUAGCAAAUCUUAAUGCAGAUAACACACUACUAUGGCUGCACACCACCUUCGCAUUUCUCUACUUGUUACUGACGGUGUACAGCAUGAGGCGGCACACGUCCAAGAUGCACUACAAGGAGGACGACCUGGUGAAACGCACAUUAUUUGUGAACGGAAUCUCCAAAUACGCGGAGGAGUCCGAGAUAAAGCAACACUUUGAGACUGCAUAUGAAAACUGUGUUGUGCUGGAAGCUCGUUCCUGUUACGACGUAGCCAAGCUCAUGAAUCUCGGCUCAGAAAGGAAGAAGGCAGAGCGCAGCAAGAAAUUCUUUCUCGACCUAAAGAACAAGGAGCAUGUUGACACCAUGAUCAACCCGAAGCCCUGUGGACACCUCUGCUGUUGCAUCAUUAAAGGCUGCGAGCAGGAAGAGGCAGUGGCCUACUACACCAAGCUGGAGUCCCAAUUAAGGGAUGAUUACAGGAAGGAGCGAGAGAAGGUUAACAGGAAACCUUUGGGAAUGGCCUUCGUUACCUUCCAGAACGAGUCCAUAACUGCCAUAAUUUUAAAGGACUUCAAUGCUUGCAAGUGUCAGGGCUGUCACUGCCGCCGCGAGCCCAAGGUGUCUCAGUUCAGCAGCAAGCUGCACACGCACAACUGGACGGUCAGCUACGCUCCCGAUCCACAAAAUGUCUACUGGGAGCAUCUGUCAGUGGGUGGAAUCUCCUGGUGGCUCCGCUGCUUGAUAAUCAACAUUGUCCUCUUCCUCCUCCUCUUCUUCCUCACCACCCCGGCCAUCAUCAUCACCACUAUGGACAAGUUCAAUGUUACCAAGCCAGUGGAGUACCUAAAUAAUCCAAUUAUCACCCAGUUCUUCCCCACCCUCCUCCUGUGGUCAUUCUCCGCCUUACUUCCCACCAUCGUCUACUACUCUGCCUUCUUCGAAGCCCACUGGACCCGGUCAGGAGAGAACAGGACUACAAUGCAUAAAUGCUACACUUUCUUGAUCUUUAUGGUCCUGUUGCUGCCCUCCCUGGGACUCACCAGUUUGGAUGUUUUCUUCCGGUGGCUUUUUGACAAAAGAUUCUUGGCGGACGCUGCAGUGAGAUUUGAGUGUGUGUUCCUACCUGACAAUGGAGCCUUCUUUGUCAACUAUGUCAUCGCGUCUGCGUUCAUCGGUAAUGCCAACGACCUGCUGAGGAUCCCUGGGUUACUCAUGUACAUGAUCCGCCUCUGCCUGGCUCGCUCUGCGGCUGAGCGCAAGAACGUCAAAAGGCACCAAGCCUAUGAGUUCCAGUUCGGGGCUGCCUAUGCCUGGAUGAUGUGUGUCUUCACUGUGGUCAUGACCUACAGCAUCACCUGCCCAAUCAUUGUCCCUUUUGGCCUGAUGUACAUGUUGCUCAAACACCUGGCAGACAGAUACAACAUGUACUAUGCCUACCUGCCAUCCAAACUGGACAAGAAGAUCCACUCUGGGGCCGUGAACCAAGUGGUGGCUGCUCCUAUCCUCUGCCUUUUCUGGCUUCUUUUCUUCUCCACUGUUCGCUCGGGGUUUACAGCUGCGACGUCCAUGUUUACAUUUGUGGUUUUGAUCAUUACAAUCAUCAUUUGCCUCUCUCACGUCUGCUUUGGACAUUUUAAAUAUCUCAGUGCGCACAACUACAAGAUUGACCCCCAGAUGGAUAUAUCGGACGAAGAACGUCAAGCAGGCCCUGCUGUUUCUACCAAGGCAGCUCAAAUGUACAUCGCUCAGAUACUUCAGGAUCCAAAUUCGGAGGAAGCGGGUUCAGGCAGUGGCGAGGAUGACGGCCAGGGGUCCUCGCAGGACGAGGAAAUAAUCAGUGUGGAAAAUGGCCUGAAUGAGGACUUCCAGUCUGGUGAGGACAGCCUCAUUGACAAUGAAGUGCGGCAAUGAUGCUGCCUGAAGCUUAACUUGAGGAGUGCACUGAAUAUGUGAAUUACACAAGGAACUGAACCAACAGUUCUCCAAAGCAUCUCAACCUCCAUCGAGGGACUUAACACUAACUUAAAGCACACUGUCUACUAAGGAUUAAACGGAUUGUGGCAAAAAGGACUCUUGCAUUACCUUCAUUGGGUCUCACCAAACUACGUCUUCUGUAUAACUGCAGAGGGAGUCUACACUGACAAUGCGAGGGGCAGCAACAUCUCUCGCUCCGACAUAGCUGAGGCACGCCCCAAAUUACUGCACAAGGACCAAUGAAAGAGGACACUAAUGCACAUAUGAAGAAUUGUAUGCCUUGUCUCGUGAGGGGGAAUGCUUUUCUGUCUGUGUUUCCUUAACAUUAUUGCACUUGAACAAGAGGACCCGUAAGCUCAAGGUACUGCAGUGUGGCAUGAAAAUUCAAAAGGUUGGGGGACGGGGGGGGGUUUCCCACAAUCCUUUGCCAGUGUUUCUGCUCUUGUCUGCACUAGAUGCUUCCCCCUGCAUAAUCAGCUUAUGAGAGAGACGAGCAAGAGGGUAGUUUCCAUGCCAACGGUUAGCCGAGUCUGUGCAGGUGUGCAGAUGUGAUUAUUUCUAAUUGUUCUUCCAAUUCCAUAGAAGCCUUUACAAAUAAAUUUUAAAAAAAAAAAAAGGAAAGUUUUUGCUACUAACACUCCUGGAAGCUUUGACACUACACACUUACAAACCUCUGGAUUUGUAAUUUAACUAUUUUUUUUUUUUUUUGACAUGGUAUUUAUUUAUAGGCAUUUAUAGAAAUACCCCUGAAACUGUGGAAGAAGAUAAUUAUUAUCUUGGCACACUACAUUGAAAAGGAUCUCAUUAAAGUUCAGUCUCUGAGCCUGAGUUGGGACUGCUGCUACUGAUGCUGCCCCCAGAAGGGGAAAAUCUUUGCACAGCUGCGUGCAGGAGGCCUGUGGAAAUUUUGUGUGUUUGGUUCAGAGGAAGGAGAGCUAGGCCUUUUUAUUUUUAUUUUUUAAGGUGUUCCUGGGUCAAAUAACACCCACUGUGACUGGUUCUUUAUUUGUUGUUUUCAUUUGUAUCUUUUUUUGUUUUGUUUAUAUGUUUACGUCUUUUUGUAGAGAUUUUGAAAUUUAGCGUUCGGUUUAGGUCGCUAUGGAUGACGUCUCUCCGUCAGUGUUUGGUAGACAUCGUACAGGUAUAUUGAGCAUUGUUACAGUUCCACAAAUCUCGGGUUCGGCUGCAUGAGAGGGUUUUUUACCAGUUACAGGGGAUCAGGUCCAAAUCUAUACAUACAUCUACUAUGCCGCUUCCUGUGUUGCUACGAAUUUAGUCAAGCUUAAGGCCACAGUUGUACAUUCCAGGUGUAGAUCCGGCUCUGUCAGGCCUCCACCGUAACAACUCUUGCAUACUAAAAACACGCAGAUUAAAUGUUCCUAACAUAUCCCUGACCUGCCUCAGCCAUACGACAAAUACAUGUACGUAAAGAUAACACUAAAGUUAAAGUGAAAUGCAGUGAUCUUACUCAGGAUUUAUCUUGCAAAGUACCACUACUGUUAUUAUCGGAGCAUAACAUGAUAAAAUGUAUUAUCCAGCUAUGGGAAAUGUGCACUAAUCCUUCUUUCACUUAUAUGACUGACAGGGAAGGGCACACUCCCCGUUGGUGUGAUGACGACAAUGGUGAACAUAAACUGUUAACGUAGUUUGUCCAUCGGUAUGUUAGCGACACUUCUGGGUAUAUUAUCAUGGUACUAAGAGAAUUGUUUGACACCAUUGAGUCUGGAGCUCUUCUAGUCAUGAUAAGGUGAUUUUAUUUUUAUUUUUUUUUUAUACCUCUUCAUUUUUUAUACCUCUGAGAUGUCUUGAAAUCUCUGAAUGUGUCCUGUCCAAAUAACAUACACUGUCCAACCUUGAGGGAGAUGCUUCAAAUCUCUGCUUGUCUAACUCCAUUUUUUUAAAAGCUCUGAAUGUAGAUUAAUUCCUGACCUUUAGCUAAAGCAAAAAUGGCCUGAGUCAUAAGAGUGACUGCUGUAUUAAAAGAAGCUCAGUUGCUAACCAGAUAUUGAAUGGUUUUAUACUGUUAAAAAACAAAACAAACAAAAAAAAAACUUACUGAUGUCCCGUCUAAUGUCACGGCAUUUCAUUUGAGGAUAGAUUUGUCAGUCUGAUGGCUGCAAUGAUUUCUAAUAGUCUUUUUGCUAAUUCCAUGUGUCCGUGAUGAUUUAUUUUAUUCUAGAUUAUCUUUAUAAGAUCUGUAUAGACAGCCAGACUCACUGGAAAUGAAUGGAUUGUUUUCUGUUAAACAGCCAUGCUCUACUAGAAGUUCUCAGCUUGUUCCUACCAUGUAUUCAGAAUGGGUAGUAAAACGUCUCUGCGCCUCAAAACUGUGCACAACUAGAAUGUGUUUUUUCUGUGCUUUGCCUUUUUUUUCUUUUCUUUUUUUUUUUAGGUUUAGCUUUUUCUAGAUAAGGACAGUAACUUUAGCAGAACAUUUUUAUUUUAUUUUGUUUUUGUUUUUGCAAAGGGCCAUGUGUACAACAGGUAUGUAUUGUGUAUAUCUGUGUUUCUCUGGAGCUCUUUCAACAAUAAAUCCGUAUUUAAUCAA